CAGACAGAUAUUUGGUCAAACAAAUCUGGCAAUGCAGAACUGUGUCCAAGUAACUGACCUGACCGGUCCAAAUGAAUGAUGUUGUACCAUGGAAACAGUGCGAGGAGAAAAAGUUGGUCAGGGGAGCGAGGAUGAUGCGGCCCAAGAAGAUGCUACAAGUGUAGCUGAUGUGUCCGUGGAAGUAGCUACGGUGGAUGCAACUCUUCAUAAACUAUGCAGAAGAUACAACAGACGCAGGAGGAGAAAAGCAAAAAAGCCAAAGAAGACAAACUCGCUAUGGAAUUUACAGAAUCUGGCCAUCCUCAUCACAGUGGUGGUGUUUGUCAUAGUGGUGAUAAUGUGGUCACUUUUGUGGGUUUUUAUAUUUCGGCGAGAGAGCAACAACGGUGUGUAUUUUGCUGGUAUGUUCCGAGUUGCCAAUGUUGAGUUUAUACCAGAGUUCCGGCAUACUGACUCGAGUGAGUUUGUAUCCAUGGCAAACCGCAUACAGCAUGUGAUAACCAGCGUAUACCGAAUGUCAUCAGUGUCCAGACUCUAUAAAACCACCAUCAUCUCUGAUCUGAGUAACAAUAACAAAGGGGGCGUGCUGGUGCAUUUCUGGAUGAUCUUUGUGGUGCCGCACUUGAAGACUCCAGCAGUGUGUGAGGAGUGUGUAAGUGCCAUCCUCAGAGACUCUGUGCUCACGAGUCUGAAGAACAGGUCCUCGGUGGGCUUCCUGCAGGGCCUACCGGUUGACAUUGACACCAUUCUUGUAAAUGUUGCUUUACGCUCUGAUUACACAUCAACAGCUAUGGGCUCUCAGUGUGUGGAUAAGCUGUAUGCAGGUGUUCCUGAUGUGAGUGUUCCCCUCAAUGUGUUCUCUUCAUGGGGUGGAUUGAGCUGCUAUAUCAAAUUGACAAGCGUUCCAGGUUCUGUCAUCCGACUCACUGUGAAAAGCUUGCAUAUUGAGCCCAGUGACUGUGUCUAUGAUGCGCUCACUGUGUAUGAUGCUCUACUUCCUAUGAGAGGAAUGAUUCUGUACAGGUUUUGUGAAUCAGUGUCUGUCCCAAUCUCACUGGUCUCCACCUCCAAUGUCAUGCUGCUCUCCUUCAGACUCACACAGGGCCACAAGAGCUUCAGAGGACUUUUCCAGGCUCUCAUGGAAGAACAGUGCAUGAAUUUAAUAGAGUUAUCAGCUGGCCCGGGUGAUGCUGGAGUGAUAACCAGUCCAUUCUAUCCCAAUUUGUUACCCCGUCGGUGCUCCUGUACCUGGAUGUUUCAGAUGCCCAGCACUGCUCUGGGUGUGGCUCUGAGGUUCCAGAACUACAUACUGAAAUUGAAAGACUCACAAAAUUGUGAACACGGCUGGUGGAAGGUCAAUGAGAUUAUAUACUGUGGAAAUUACAUUGACCACUCAACUGUCUUCCGUAUUCCUGCGCAAAACCCUGAAGUGGUUUUCCGCUGCAGCUCACGAAAUGCUGACCAACCCUUCAGUGCCAUUUACAGCAGUUACAACAUCAGCCAGCCAUGUCCAGAGGGCCACUUCCUGUGCUCCACAGGUCUGUGUGUAGAGAAGGCCCGGCGCUGUGAUGGACUGGAUGACUGCCAGGACGAAAGUGAUGAGGUUUUCUGUUCUAAACCUCCCAAAAUUUGUGGAGGUUCGACCCCUCUGCACCCACUGUACAUUUGUAAUGGAGAGAUGGACUGUUCCAGUGGUAAAGAUGAGACCAACUGUACUCAGGAGACUAGCUGUUCUGGGGUCAGCUAUCGCUGUGGCAAUGGAGCCUGCAUUUUAAAGAAAAAUGCUAAAUGUGAUGGCACACCUGACUGCUUUGAUCACAGUGAUGAGAAGAACUGUGCCUGUGGCUAUCCUACCCCUUUUAAGAGUGUAUUCGACAAUGCCUCCCUUCAGCAGCGAAUUGUGGGUGGAAACAAUGCAGUGGAGGGAGAGUGGCCAUGGCAGGUCAGCUUACAUUUUGCUGGUCAGCUAUAUUGUGGGGCAUCAGUCCUCUCUGAUGAGUGGCUCAUUUCUGCAGCACACUGUUUCAGCAAAGAGAGGUUGUCAGAUCCACGUCAAUGGAUGGCUCAUCUAGGCAUGCUUAAUCAGGGCAGUGCCAAGCAUGUGGCCGAGAUCCAACGCAUUGUGGUGCAUGAGUACUACAAUGCACGAAUUUUUGACUAUGACAUUGCCCUGCUACAGCUGAGAAAGCCCUGGCCCAGCAGCCUUGGACAGUAUAUCCAACCCAUCUGCUUGCCUGCUCCUUCCCAGACCUUCACUGAGGGGCACCACUGCUGGGUCACCGGUUGGGGUUACCGUUCUGAACAGGAUAAGAUGCUGCCCACAGUCCUGCAGAAGGCAGAAGUAAACAUUUUUAGCCAGAGUGAAUGUAAGAGAAGCUAUGGCCCCAUAUCACCUCACAUGCUGUGUGCUGGCAUACCUUCAGGAGAGCAGGAUGCCUGCCGGGGGGACUCAGGUGGCCCUCUGUCCUGUCAAGCUCACACGGGCAGUCGCUGGUUUCUGACGGGCAUAGUCAGUUGGGGUUCUGGCUGUGGCAGACCCAACCUUCCCGGAGUUUACACCAGAGUGGCUAAGUUCAUAGACUGGAUCCAAAGACAUAUUCAAAAUGAACAAUAGUGAAAUGCACAGCCAAGCAAAUCCACUUUAUAAUAAAUUGCAGUUUUGUUAACUCAAAGCAAGCAAGGUUAUUGUCUCCUGAACAGCUGUUCCAAAACAACUUUCUUGUGUUAUUUAAUGAUCUGUUAAUCCAGAUAUCAACAUUUUAAUACAUUUCUUUUGAAAAACAAAGUUGUUUUGGGUGUUUUCUUGUUAAGUCAGAAACUGCAUUUAUUUUCUGAAAUAUAAAAGACAAUAUACUAGAGAUAAUAUUUAUACUUGGUAUAAUAUUAAUAUUACAAGAAUUCAUAAUAUUAUGAAAUAUAUUAUAAUAUUAUUAUUUUAACAGUUAGUUCCGGUCCUCGAAUCUGAUUGGACAUGGAGUGUCAAGAGU